AUGAGCUCUGAAGAAGAAUUGGGAAGCAUCGGCACUGUGUCUCACGGCACCCUCAUAAAUAAGGACAUUGAGAGUAUCCUUCCACAAUUUGAUGAAGAAGUAGAAACGUUGCUAGAGGACAGCUUUACGUGGAAUAUACCCGACUGGAACGAGCUGACGAACCCAAAGUACAAUUCUCCUCGGUUCAAAAUUGGCGAUUUUGAAUGGGACAUUCUGUUGUUUCCUCAGGGGAACCAUAAUAAGGGUGUUGCGGUGUAUCUGGAGCCUCAUCCAGAGGAAAAAUUAGAUGAAACCACGGGGGAGAUGGUGUCGGUUGAUCCGGACUGGUAUUGCUGUGCUCAGUUUGCCAUCGGCAUUUCAAGGCCCGGAGAUGAUGACUCUGUCAAUCUGAUUAACAAGUCUCACCACCGGUUCAACGCCCUAGAUACAGACUGGGGGUUUGCAAAUUUGAUAGAUUUGAACAACUUGAAAAAUCCCUCGAAAGGAAAACCGCUCUCGUUCUUAAAUGAGGGGAGCUUGAACAUAACGGCGUAUGUCCGCAUAUUGAAGGAUCCGACUGGUGUUUUGUGGCAUAACUUCUUGAAUUAUGACUCCAAGAAGGUGACUGGCUACGUUGGGUUCCGAAAUCAAGGUGCCACAUGCUACUUGAAUUCGCUGCUGCAAUCGUAUUUCUUUACAAAAUAUUUUAGAAAACUGGUGUACGAAAUACCCACUGAACAUGAAAGUCCAAACAACAGUGUCCCUCUGGCCUUACAAAGAGCUUUCUAUCAGUUACAAGUGUCUGACAUACCAUUGGACACUAUGGAGUUGACUAGGUCAUUUGGUUGGGAUACCGCAGAAUCCUUCACCCAACAUGAUGUGCAGGAAUUGAAUAGAAUAUUAAUGGACAGGCUAGAAAAUAACAUGAAGGGAACCCCCGUAGAGGGGAAGCUGAAUGAAAUAUUUGUGGGGAAAAUGAAAAGCUAUAUCAAAUGCAUUAACGUUGAUUACGAAUCCGCUAGAGUGGAGGACUUUUGGGAUUUGCAAUUAAACGUUAAAAAUUUCGAGAACUUGCAGGGAUCCUUUGAUAAUUACAUCGAGAUGGAACUAAUGAAUGGUGAAAACCAAUAUGCUGCCCAAGACUACGGUUUGCAAGAUGCUCAAAAAGGUGUUAUAUUCGAAUCGUUCCCUCCCGUUUUGCAUUUGCAGUUGAAGAGGUUCGAAUACGAUUUUAACUACGAUCAAAUGGUAAAGGUUAAUGACAAAUAUGAAUUUCCUGAAACGAUUGACUUAUCACCUUUCGUUGAUAAAGAUGUAUUGAGGAAAACUUUGGACUCUGGAGACAAGGACAAAAAUCCCUAUAUUUACAAUUUACAUGGCGUUUUGGUUCAUUCUGGUGAUAUAUCUACCGGCCAUUACUACACUUUAAUUAAACCUGGUGUUGAAGAUCAGUGGUAUCGAUUUGACGACGAAAGAGUUUGGAGAGUCACUAAGAAGCAGGUUUUCCAAGAGAAUUUCGGAUGUGACAGAUUACCCGAUGAAAAAGUUCGUACGAUGACUAGGGAUGACUAUCAAAAUUAUAUCAUUCAGCGCCAUACAAGCGCUUACAUGCUUGUUUACAUACGCCAAGAACAAGAGCAGGAUUUGUUGCGUCCUGUCCUGGAAUCUGAUGUUCCCAAACACGUAAUAACGAGAGUUAGAGAGGAGAUUAAAGAACGUGAGACGAGAGAAAAGGAAAUUAAAGAAGCUCAUUUGUACGUCACACUCAGAUUGCAUUCAAUAAAAGAAUUCAUUCAUUAUGAAGGAUUUGAUUAUUUCGCACAUGAUGGAUUUAGACUCUUUUCAGAGGAACUCAAUGACUCCAAUUUGCAGCAAAUCAACUUGAGAGUCUUGAGAACAACCAAGUUAUCCGACAUAUUUACAAAGGUUAAGGAGACUAUGAAUAUUCCAACGGAAAGAGAUGUCAAAUACUGGAAAAUGGAUUACCGCAGAAAUAGCACUUUACGUUUAACACACCCCAUAAAGUUUGAUUCUAUAAAUAUCACCUUACAAGAGGCGUUAAAAACCGAGAAAAAGAGAACUUUGGAAACUCAAUAUGGAGAGGAAGGUGUGGCCAGUACCGAUGAAGAAGAUAAAAUAACAUCAGAAACAGUAUCCUUUUUAGAUCUCUUCAUCGAAGAACCCUACUUAGAGUUGCAGUUUUUGAACAAGUUGAAGGAAGCCUCUUUGAUUUCGAAGACUCAGCUUGACGACGAAUUGAUAUUCAAUUUGAGAACCAAUCUUCUAAAACUAACAGAGGGCGGGAUCAAACCUCUUUUCGCCGCCGAUAAUAACUCAAAUUUAUUGUUUGUGAAGAAGUAUGAUCCACACACGCAAAAAUUAUUGGGAUUUGGCCACUUUGCUGUGAAUCAAUUGCAACAAAUAACUGACUUAUCUGCAAUCAUUGAAAAAAGCAUUGAAGCUUCUAACGAAAAUCUGACUUUCUACGAGGAAGUACAACCCGGAACCAUAAACGAAAUCUAUAUGAAGGAGACGGUCUAUGAUGCUGAUAUAGAUACUGGUGAUAUAAUUUCAUUCGAGAUUCCAAACGCCGAUCUACCCGAUACUUUCCCAAUUUAUGCGACGAUCAAAGAUUUUUACUCGUAUCUGAGAUACCGUGUAAAAUUGAAAUUUUCCAAAGUUGACGGGUCGAGCGAAGAAUAUGGUGUUAGUAAUGAUAUUUCAGAGACCUUUGAAUUCUGGAUAUCUGCGUAUGCCUCCUAUGCCGACCUUGCUAGAAUUGUAUCAACAUUUGCAGACGUCAAGCCGGAAUACCUAAAGAUUUUUGCUCUUUAUUCCAAUGGAAGGUUUGUGCUAAAGUCAACCUCAAUUUUGAAUGACUAUUUAUUGAAAGAUUUCAAUUGUGACCAGAUACCACCUUUCGCAUUUGAAGUACUGUCCGUGCCAUUAAAGGAACUAGAACGUCUGAGACCUAUCAAGUUAUAUUGGUUAAAGGAUAGUUACAUUCAUUACCAAUGCUUUGAGUUUGAAGUCGCUAAUGAUUACACGGAAUCUCAGUUUUUGGAAAAAGUGCAGCACAAAAUUGGCUUUACCGACGAACAGAAGGAAGACAUUCUACUCUGGACUAACUCAAAUUUUCAGUUUCAGGGUUUACUGUCAGACCAAAACACGUUCAAAGAUGUAAGCAAGAAUUCUUUACUCUUUGGUAGAAUCUUGCCCGAAGAAUCAAAAUUGUUCAAAGAAUUAAAUCGUCUGGAAAAUGUGCAUACAUCUCCAUCGGAAGAUUCUAUGAACGGCGAAAAUACGGCAGAUAGACCAAUAGACGAUGAGCAAGAUCUGGGUAUGAUGACAGAAAAUUCUAGAGAUUUGAAGGGGCGCAUAGUAGUCGUUCAGCAGUAUUUCAAAGAUGUUGAAAAUAGACACGGAAUAUCUUUCUUAUUCAAUUUGAUACCGGAAGAACCAUUCUCAAAAACAAGGGAUCGUCUUCAUGCAAAGUUUGGCUUGGGACAGAAGGAAUUUUCAAAGAUAAAACUGAGCGUUGCUUACUCUGCUGAAGAAGGCACAGUAUUCAGAAGUUUACAGGGGUUCUCGGAUGAAGAACUCGAGAAAAUUAUACUGUACGACAUAAUGUCCAACUUAGAUUAUAUCUAUAUGGAUCAUCCAGACAGAUUGAGAUCACAUUCUUCCUAUGAUAGACCAAUGAUAAUCAAAAACUGA